UCGCCCGUCGACGACGGGCUCCGCACCGGCUACCACUUCCAGCCUCCCAAACACUGGAUCAACGAUCCUAAUGGCGUGAUGUACUACAAGGGCGUGUACCACCUGUUCUACCAGUACAACCCCCAGGGCGCGGUGUGGGGCAACAUCGUGUGGGCGCACGCCGUGUCGACGGACCUCGUCGACUGGGUCAUGCUCCCGCCGGCGAUCUACCCCACGGCGCCGUUCGACGUCAACGGCUGCUGGUCGGGCUCCGCGACCGUGCUCCCGGACGGCACGCCGGUCAUCAUGUACACCGGCAUCGACGGCCAGAACCGGCAGGUGCAGAACGUGGCCUACCCCAAGGACCUCUCCGACCCCUACCUCCGCGAGUGGGUCAAGCCGGACUACAACCCCGUCAUCGCGCCGGGCCCGGGGACGAACGCCACCGCGUUCCGCGACCCGACGACGGCGUGGCAGGGCCCCGACGGGCUCUGGCGGCUGGUCAUCGGCACCAAGGACAACCACCGCGGCCUCGCCAUGCUGUACCGCAGCAGGGACUUCAAGCAGUGGGCGCCCGCCAACCGCGCCCUGCACUCCGGCGACACCGGCAUGUGGGAGUGCCCGGACUUCUACCCCGUGACCACCUCCCCGGCCGCCGCCGGCGGCGGCGGCGGCACCAAGCACGUGCUCAAGGUGAGUCUCGACCUGACGCGGUUCGAGUACUACACGUUCGGCGAGUACGACCACGCCACCGACACGUACGUGCCCGACGCGGCGCUCGCCGACGGCAACGAUGGCCUCCGCUACGACUACGGCAACUUCUACGCGUCCAAGACGUUCCUCGACACGGCGAAGCGGCGGCGCGUCCUGUGGGGGUGGGCGAACGAGUCGGACUCCGCCGCCGCCGACAUCCGCAAGGGCUGGGCCGGCGUGCAGGCCGUCCCGAGGAAGGUCUGGCUCUCCUCCGACGGCAAGCAGCUCGUGCAGUGGCCGGUCGCCGAGAUCGAGUCCCUCCGCGGCGGCCACGUCAACGUCACGGGCAGGAUCGUCGGCGCCGGGCAGCACUUCGAGGUUGCGGGGCUCGCGUCCGCCGCGCAGGCCGACGUGGAGGCGUCGUUCCAGGUGGCGGACCUGGGGAAGGCCGAGCCGUUCGACCCGGCGUGGCGCGGCGCGGACGCGCAGGCGGUGUGCGCGGCCCGCGGCGCGGACGCCCGGGGCGGCGUCGGGCCGUUCGGGCUGUGGGUGCUCGCGUCCGACGACCGCGACGAGCGCACAGCCGUGUUCUUCAGGGUGUUCAAGGACGGCGGCAAGCACGUCGUGCUCAUGUGCAACGACCCGUCCAUGUCGUCGCACGCCGACGACCUCUACAAGCCCACCUUCGCCGCCUUCGUCGACGUCGACAUCGCCCAGGCCGGCGGCAAGAUCGCUCUAAGGACUCUGAUUGACCACUCGGUGGUGGAGAGCUUUGGUGCGCACGGCAAGACGUGCAUCCUGUCGAGGGUGUACCCGACCAAGGCCGUCGGCGACAAGGCGCGCCUCUUCGUGUUCAACAACGGCGAGUCCAACAUCAAGGUCACGCACCUGAAUGCGUACGAGAUGCGGUCGGCCAAGAUCACCAGUGACACGACAGAACCGACGAGCAGAUGA